AUGGCCGCCAUAACUCUUCCGCCAGCAGAAGCUUCUUUGACUCCGGGGCUGGACUUCAAGGGUCUCACUUUGAGCGAUCCUAAGGGGAAAGAAUUCGAGUCACUUGCCUCGGAAGUGGUCGAAAUCAUUAAAGACAAACUUUCAAUUUUGGGCAAAGCCGACACGCUGGCGGAAUUCAUCGUUACAGACAAAUUGCCCCGUGGCCAGCUUACAAAAACAUUGUUUAUUGAUGCUCGGCCUAACGGCACCCGCCUGCUUGAGUCGCUAGCCGAGGGUGCCGAAGUAGAUGUAACGAUAAUUCUUCGUCCAGACAUGCUCUUUAGUCUGGCCAAUGGUAGUUUGGACAUCAACAUGAUUGCUCGUGUUGGGUUCAAUAUAACGGGAAAGACCCCACCUAAAGCCUAUGACCUGUUGGAUCUUUUGGGCCCCAAGCCCUCCAAGGUCAUGGAUUAUGCGGAAUAUACCUUUCCUGAUGCUGAAUUACCAAAGCCAACCACCGAUCUCAGCGAGGUCAAGCGCAACAUAAAGCGGUUCGGAUACGCAAUUGUGAAAAACGCAUUGAAUUCUGAACAAGUUCAAAUUGUGCGGCAAGCGAUUCUUGAACAGGCCUCUGGGGAGCGCCAAGCUGGUGUUGCAGAUAUAGAGGGAGGAACGAACCAACGAUUAUGGAAUGUGAUAAACAAGGGUGAAGAGUUUGUGGAUCUUUUGAAUCAUCCUUUAUUUGACGAGUUGUUGUCCUGGUUUUUGGGAGACUACGGCUAUCUCACCCAGGCUUCCGUCAACAUUCUCGGACCUAACAACAUCCCGAUGCCUUUUCAUCGCGACCAAAUUCCACUGAACCCUUUUACAGAUGAACCUAUCGGUCUGAGUUUCAUGUUCUACGUCGAAGACUGCAGCAAAUCUAACGGAGCUACGCAUGUCAUCCCUGCUUCUCAUGUUGGACACGUACGACCAUGGGAUACUAACAGCUUCGACGGCUCCAUUCCCGCAGCAGCCCCUGCGGGUUCGUGCCUCGUUUUCAACACCACGCUCUGGCACUCAACGGGUGUCAACACCACCAGCGCUGAAAGGCCUGCUCUAAUUUAUGCAUUCAGUCGUUACUUCAUGAGCUCAACUGUUAACCCAUAUGUCAGCUUGCGACCAGAAGUCUUGGAAAAAUUGACGCUGAGACAACGGCACCUCCUAGGCUUCGUUGUCCGCCCAGCGUACAACUGGGUUGGAAAGAAGAGGUCUCCAGGAGAGGUGCUUGAUAAAUACGGGGAUGACACUGGUAAGAUCAGAGCAGAGUACGUGCCGAUUGGUGGAAAGACCAGUGGAAUCCCGAGCAUCUCUGAACGGACAAUUUGA